AUGGCGGGCAAGCACGACACAACUGAGCCGUCAUGGCGGCCGCUGGCACAGAAGCUGACAGGUCUGAUGGGCCGCCGAGGCUCGGCAAAGAGCAAGAAGUCGCUGGACACGACUGACGAGAAAGCCUCCGUCUUCAGGUUCAAGAGACAGAAGAAGGAGCAGAGCCCGGAGAGUUCUCUGAGAUAUGAGCCCCUCAAGGUCGAUUUGGACAAACUUGAGGCAAUGCACCUCUCGGACGGCUGGCUCGACACGCACAACCACGGCGCUGAUCAUGAACAGCGCCAGGGGGCCCAGCCUGCAGCUCAAGAUAACACAACAACACCGAUAGCGGCGCUGUUUGCCAAUAAAUCAGUGCUUGACAUGCCAAACUCAGUCCAGCUAAGCCGGUCUGAUUCGCAGAAUGACACCGGUAAUGGCCGCCGGCCUUUCUCCAUGAUUGAGACCCACAGCGUCGCGUAUCACCGUGUAUCAUCAGAUCUUUCCUCAACCCACGAGGUCCAAUUCACGGGCAGCGUUUUGGACCGUGGCCGGCCUAUUGAACCAAAGCGGUUUGUGUCGGAUCCCCUGUGGAAGACCAAGGGUUUACGACAGGAGCUCCCGCCGCCCGGCGAGACCGCGGUCGCCGAACAGGUUUCGAUUUCGAGAGUUGCCUCUCCAAGACCGCUCUCGUACAGUAGUGGCAGCGCCUCUGUUACUUCCAAGCAGCACGUUCCUCAAAGUCUGUCCUCUCAGCACCGGGCUCCGGAAAAACUGGACGUUUCGAAACGCAACUCCAUGUAUGCAUCAGUCACCCCGUCACAGAAGGAUGCAUCCGUGAGGACACGGCCAACCCAGGAACCAAGGAGUGCAUCAGCUGCGCCACUGGAUCGAAUAAAGGCCUGGCAGAAGUCUAUCACAUCAGCACCGAGGUCCCCGGCGACAUCGACCUCGGCUUUAACUCCUGCAGUCCCGUCUCAGGCAGGGGCUCCUGUCCGCAGGUUGUCCACACGAGGUGGAGUGGCCAGCAACCGCCUAGCCUGGAUUAGGGAACUGGAAGAGAAGAAGUCGAGCAGUGUCAAUCGAGAUAUUGGCGUCCUCAAGAAACAAGUGGGCAGCGUGUCGGACAAACUCGCCAUGUUUGAGAGCAAACAGGGGCAAACUCCUUCCCCAGCAGCUCGUCUACCACCGCUCACUAGGUCUAAUUCGACGACCAGUCGCUUCUCAAUGGCUGCGCCGGAGUCCACCACUUCGGCCACUGGCAAUGUAACAGCUACCCCACGCACUUCAAUAGACACCGUCAGAUCGAGCCACAGAACGUCGUCCGUCAUGGACUACUAUGAUGACUCGUUUCGUGAGAAAAUGGAGUCAGUAGCAGGCAGCUAUGCCGCCGAUAAGGACAAGGACAAGCUCGAGUCAGAGAAAAGGCAACGGGUGACGGCCAAGUUCAUAUCGGUGAAAUCAGAGAAGGGGCAAGUGCCUCAAACCGUCCAAGCAGAGCCAGAAGUAGCUGGCUCUUCCAGUCAACCAGAGAAGGAGAAGGUCCAGCUGGUCCAGCUGGAAACAGCUCCUUCUCUUGUGGAGGUGGCGUCAACUGAAGAUAAGGUUCAGGAGAGAGUCGAGGAGAAGACCGAGGAAAAGACUGCUAAGAAAGUUGAGGAGGAUGAGAAGGUUCAGCCAGAAGCAGGUCCUUCUCAGGAAGAACCAGAGAAGGGAAAGGAGGUGGUUGAGUCUUCCCAGCCAGGCACAGUCCCCGCUACUGGUGAGCCGGAAACGGUUGUGGAGGAGCCUCACCCUAUCCCGUCAGAAUCUAUUCCUUCUCCUAUUGGAUUGGAGAAGCCUGAUGAGAAGCCGCAAUCCAUCCAGUUGGGAGCAAGCCAUACCCCUGCGGAAGCAGUGGAGGGGGCGGAGGAGCUCCCGUCUGUUCACGCACAACCUGAGAACAGUGACGAAACAAUACCUCUCGAGUCGGAGGUUGCCUCUCCUGUUGAAUUGGAGAAGAGUGGGGAGAAGCCUCAGUUCGUCCAGCUGGAUGCAGAUGCUUCUCGUACCAGCUUGGAGAAGGGCGAAAAGGUCGGGUCUCUCGAUGCGGCGGAAAUAGCCGAGACUGCAGUCGAAACCUGA